UCUUACAGUACUUAUUUCAACUUUGACCACUUAUCCAUUCUUUGUACAAACACCGCAACUAUAAGUAAAUAAUAUCUUCGCCACGGAACGACGUUAUUGUACCGAGUUUUAUACACGUUUGCCGAAUUUUCUUCACCUCGCUUUUCCUUCGUUUGACCCAGGCUAGACUCAUCAGCUCGUUCGAGUGCGAGUGCGGGUGCAAAUACUGCGUACAAGGACUCAAAUCGCUAUUCAGUACCCUUUCUCUCUCUUGGCCUUUUUUUCCCGCCACAUAAUAAUGCUACACACCGUCAGUCGUCAUCAUGGCCGGUGAUAGACGAAGCGAGUCGAAUCCAUUUUCCGACAAUGCCGCCAUUCAAGACGAACGGGAAGCCAUGGUCGAGUCGACGUUGAGCGUAGGCCGAAAUGCCACCCUCACACUGGGAACCGAUGCUGUGAUUGUUCUAGACGAUGGACUUCGUGGCGACUCGGGCUUUGAUUGUUUUGGAUUAUUCAAAAGAACGACAAACACUCGCUCGAUACCCUUUUUUAAUGUACUAUGGGCCGAACUGGUCAAGGGCGAAUUGACCAUACGAUAUGCCAAACCUUCCUCCAAAUCGGCCAAUGCCCCCGUCAGCGUCGCAUACAUCAAUUACACGAUCGAAAGUACGACGGCGGUGGAAGAGAAGGCUUUACGGUGGAUAGAUCGGCUGCUGGACCGCGCCUAUGGUAAAGCGCAACGGAACAAGAGGAUCAAACUGUUGAUAAACCCGUUCGGAGGCGCAGGGAAAGCGGCCAAGAUCUACGCAAAGGCCAUCGAACCGAUAUUCGCGGCCGCGCGCUGCGAACUCGACGUCGAGCGGACGACGCAUUCCGGUCACGCGGUGGAGAUUUGCGCCGACCUGGACAUCAACGCUUUCGACGUCGUGGCGAGCGCCUCGGGCGACGGCCUGCCGCACGAAUGUGUCAACGGACUCGCGAGGAAACCCAACGCGGCCGAGGCGCUCCGAAAAGUCGCCGUGGUCCAGUUACCCUGCGGUACUGGGAACGCCAUGUCGUGGAACCUCACCGGCACGGCCGAACCCAGCGCGGCGGCGUUGUGUAUCGUAAAAGGUAUACGGACACCCAUGGACCUGGCGAGCGUCACACAAGGCAACACCAGGACGCUGUCGUUCCUGUCGCAGUCCUUGGGCAUCGUCGCCGAAAGUGACCUGGGCACCGAGAACAUUCGAUGGAUGGGGGACGCGAGAUUCACAUUUGGGUUCCUUGUGAGGUUACUGGGGAAGACCUUGUAUCCCAUCGAACUCGCCGUCAAGACAGAAAUCGAAAACAAAGAAGACAUCCGACGGCAUUACGCGGAGCACAGGGCCCGACGGAGGAGUCAAGGAAGUGCCUUGUCGCACGACGACCUGGAUGGACCCCUCGACACCUCGACCGGUCUGGGUCUGCCACCCCUAAAGUACGGGACGGUCGAGGACCCUUUACCCGAAAACGAAGGGUGGACGCCCAUGGCAUACUACCCCAACAUGGGCAAUUUCUAUUGUGGGAACAUGGCCAUGAUGGCCGCCGACGCCCCCUUUUUCCCAGCCUCGUUACCCUGUGACGGUCUACUCGAUUUGAUCACCAUCGACGGAGACAUCAAACGGACAAAGGCGGUCGACUUGCUGUUGUCCGUACCAAAGGGGACCUUUUUCGACAAGGAAUGCGUGCGGUACCGAAAAGUCUCGGCGAUUCGAGUCGUCCCAAAAUUCGGAAACAUGGUCGAUCAGUCGGACAACGAGGCGCGUCAGAACAAGUUGGGCAAGGUGCUCGAUCGGAUGGGCGUGUCCGGGAACGGACGCAACGCCUCUCGUGACGGCGGAUAUUUCAGUGUCGACGGCGAGAAACUACCCUUUCAACCCUUCCAGGUCGAGGUGCACAAGGGUCUGGCGACGGUGUUGAGCAAGAAUGUCGGCAUGUACGAGUGCAUGGGUCCACGAGGGUGGGAGGAUGUCCCAGUCAGUACUACAACAACCGGGCAUGUCUCUACUUCUGCGUCUGGCACGGCCUCUGGUCCUGGUCAUGACGCUGAUGAUACUGAUGUUCGCGGACAGCUCUGAGGUGAGGUGUGAUGACGACGUGAGGUGAUGAGGGUGACUGGCUACUGGCCAGUGUUUGAAAGUGAUUUUUCGGUUUGGAAAACAAAAAAGUGAUUCGGAAGCUUUUGAUGUGGGAUACAGAGAGAGAGAGAGAGAGUUGUUCCACAUUGAGCUUUAUACCCCCGGAUCGCAUGGUAUCUUUCUCAUUUUUUUGGUCAGCACAAGAAAAACUAUACCCGGGUAUACAUUGGAAGCAUUUUACCUGGAGUGUUUUUGUUUUCUUUUUGGGGAUCAUCGUUUACGCACAUUCAUUUACUUUGCAGUAUAUAUAUACCCCACGGCUGUGUUUUUUGCUUUUUUGUGUGUUUGUCUACCACUCACUCAUUUGCAUAUUAUCAUUCAUAUUGGUUUGGGUUCGAUGAGCAAGAAAGUGUCCUUUGAAAAAAAGAAAAGAAAAGAAAAUCAGAAAGCAUAAAAUGUGAUACCCCCUUUGAUGCCUCGUUGGUACCUUGUUAUGAGUUGCUGCUACAUAGUACAUCUUGAUAUAUAUUCCUGAUACCAUGACAGUGGGUGUUUUGGUCUCUU